AUGGGUCCAUACGAUGUGUUAGACGGAGCAGGAAAGGAUGCCAAUUCAUUCCACCUCGGCGAUUAUCCAUUCCUCAUGUCAGAUCGCUUAUCAUCCCUCGAACCCGAAGACCUCACAUUUCUCAGUUCCAAAGGCUCCCUAAGCAUUCCCAGCCGGGCAUACACAAAGGAAUUUGUUACACAAUAUUUCCUUCGAAUCCAUCCAAUCCUUCCCGUUUUGGACGAGAUCCAGUUUUGGCAUGCGUUUGAAGGGAACUCCACGGAGAAGGUUUCACUUUUUGUCUUCCAAGCUCUUCUAUUUGCAAGCUGCCCAUUCGUUUCAUUGGAGAUUCUGCAGCGAUGCGGGUUUACAGACAAGCGAGACGCGCGGAAGAAGUUAUACAACCGAUCCAAGCUUCUUUACGAACUCAUGGUCGAGACACGGCCAUCUGUGAGAGCGCAAGGUGCAAUACUCCUCACUCAUCACACAUCGGCAGAGGCGCCACAGGCGGGUAGCCUAUGGUUGACGCGUGCAAUUGAAAAUGCAAUGCUAAUUGAUACGAAACCUUUGAUUACCGUUGAAAAUAUCUCAAUCUCGGCCAAGAAACGAUUGUGGUGGUCUAUCCUACUUCGAGAUCGAAGUCUCUGUAUCGGUCUCCGUCGCCAACCCCAGAUCGCAUCACAUAACCUUCAUGGUUGUCGUGAUUGGUUGAGGGAGGAAGAUUUUGAACAGGAGAUGCAUUGCUCACCAGUCUACGACUUCGAUGCGAAAAAAAGGCUCUUCAAGGCCUUGCAAGAUCAAUGCCGCCUUGCUGUUCUUCUGACCGAUCUUGUUUCUCUAGUGUUUACUCCUCGAGUGACUGCGAUGGCUUCCUAUUCAAAAGAGGCAUUUCGAUCACUGAUGUGCACAGUUGAAGAUAUAAAGACAUCUCUCGUCUCCUGGGAAGCACAAUCACAGGCACCGGAUAUUGCGGAUGGCAUGGCUGGAAACCAUGACCCUGCCCUAACAACAAAGAAUCUGACAUUCAUGUACUACCAUGCGGCCCGUGUCGACCUCGCCCAAUUCGCAGCUCUUGCGAUCGAGGAGCAUCUUGCCUUGACAACGGAUCUCUACAGGGAAGCUGUAUUUGGAAUUGGAAAAGAUUUGAGUUCUGGUAUUCGAGGCUUGACGGCUGUCAUGGAGUACUUCAGUCACAACGGCCACGUGGAGAAUCUGCCUUUGAGCGUACUGGGAUAUGUUGGGAUGCCUCUCAUCCUAGCCGCAAUUGACCUGAAGCUUUCUCCGUCUGGCGAUGAAAUGAAGAUCCGACAGAGACGCCUGGAUUCCUUGAGUAGAAUAAUACGUCUUUCUGAGUCUCUGUACGAUGUCACAGACUUCGUGGCGGCUGGAACCAAUCAUAUACUCCAGUUGGCGUAUAUGACUACACAAAACUUCUUUCUUCCCAGCGGGCCUCCAUCAAGAAUGAUAAGUGAUAGGGUCGAGCAAACCCGGAUUGAGAAGCAAGUGGGCCCCGACGUUCCGAAUUCGACAAGAUCGCGAGAUCAAAACCCUAUACGUGCGAAAUGUUGGCUCGAUGCUUUCCUGCGAUGCCCGCGCGCAUACUUAUUGAUAUCAACGUCUGUGGAUUACAGCUUGGCAGUAGGUCGCCUACCCUACGAUACAUCCCUCCCAGCUUUAGUUCGCGAUAUUCCGGCAAUGGGGGCAAUAACGCAGCUUCCCUGGACAAUCGAUACGAGCUUGGGAAGAGGCACUUCUCUCCAUGCGAAGAGACGGGGGCUGUCGCCUCCUUCCGAGUGUGAUGGAUCAGUCGAAUCGACUAAAACGACCUCGGUGGCAAACACGCAAGCCCAAGAUAAAAAGUCGAUUCGCAAAGAUAUGGAUGUCCAGCAUUUUCCAAAUCCAAUCACAGCAGUCAGAGAAUGGGAGCAGAGUCCCACGAACGUGAAUCAAAAUCCGCAGCUCAGAUUUGAAGCGAUACUGCCUACCCCAGAACAAUCCUACGAGCCCUUGAGCAGUACUGUGAAUCUCGACUUCUUGGAUUUGGAUAUGAAUUUGGAUAACGAGAUUGUCACCUGCUAUGACUCACCAAUUGGGGUAUACGAUAACUUCUGUUCGUUACCGACAACCCUCGGAAGCGAAAAGAACAUCUAUCCAGGGAAGGCCGAUCGGACAGGCAUUGACAGUGACCUAAAUACGGGGCUUACCGCUGAAGGUUUGGAUUCGAUCCUUUACGAUCCCUUAUUUCACGAUUCUUCAGCAGGUGCAGCCUAUUUCAAUGUAUGA